AUGCAAGGCUUUUGUCAGGCAGCGCGGCGGCGUUCAACCACCCACCUCCCGCGUCGGGCUCAGCCAAGCCUACGCGUCAACUUCCAUUCCGAUCCCCCCUUGCGAAGCAGCACUUUUACCAACAUUCUAGCCGAUGCUGCCCCACCACCCGUACUAGUUGAUUCAAUAACCGAGGAGGCAAUACGGCUUCACGACGGGCUGAUGAUUCCCUCGGCGUGCAUAUUUCUGGACGGGAAGGUCUUCUUGUGGGAUGUCCCGUCGACUCUGUGGAGUGGAUGGACGCAAAGUCAAUUCAAGAUCUUUGAGGUGGUCAGACCGAGGCCAGAAAUGCUGAUUCUCGGGACUGGUAAGAGUCUAGCGCUGCCCCCGCCGUUCCUGCGCUCGCAUCUCAGCCAGCUGGGCAUACAGCUCGAAACAAUGGACACGAGAAACGCGUGUUCAACGUAUAACCUGCUGAGCGAGGAAGGACGACGCGUCGCAGCUGCGUUGCUGCCCCUGCGCCCUCAGCCUUGGCAAAAGACUCAGAAUCCAACCAAGCCGAAUCAAUGA